AGCGCCUGGGUGCGGUCUGAACCAUUCCUUACUUCUUCACGGGGGUGGCGGGAGAGGGAAAUGUGGGCUGCGGCCCCGGGUUCCCACCAGACACGAAUUCAGGACUCCAGCUCUGUCCCCGGUGUGGACCUGGCGCGGCCCCUGUCGCCUCGUAGUGCAAAAAGUCCUCGGACAGCCUCGCAGUCCCCCUCCACGGGGCGGGGCGGUAGUACGGCCCGGCUCAGUCACGCGCCCCGGGCGGGCUCUGGGACCGUAGGCUGUGGCGACCGCGGGGACUGAGGCAAACUCCUGGUAGACAGAAGAAUUGGAAAGUGAAUAAAUGCCUGACCAUAUAUGCUGCCCAGAGUCGUGGUCCCACGGAUGGUGUCAACCCCAGAAGGCUUCAGCUUAAGUAUGGAAUUCAGAGAGGUUAAGUGACACGUUUGACAUCCCCUGGUUGGCCUUUGCUGUCUCCAGGCACCAUGAAUGCCAUUGUUGCUUUGUGUCACUUCUGCGAGCUCCAUGGACCCCGUACUCUCUUCUGCACUGAGGUCCUGCAUGCCCCACUUCCUCAAGGUGCGGGGAACAGGGACUGCCCCAGCCAGGGUGAGCAGGGUGAGGAGGAGGAAGGCGGCAUUCAGAUGAGCAGCCGGAUUCGCGCACACAGCCCAGCAGAAGGGGCCAGCACCGAGUCCAGCAGCCCUGGGCCCAAAAAGUCAGACAUGUGUGAGGGUUGCCGGUCACUUGCUGCAGGCCAUCCAGGGUACAUCAGCCACGAUAAAGAGACUUCCAUUAAAUAUGUCAGUCACCAGCAUCCCAACCACCCCCAGCUGUUCAGCAUUGUCCGCCAGGCCUGUGUCCGGAGCCUGAGCUGUGAGGUCUGCCCUGGCCGCGAGGGCCCCAUCUUCUUUGGAGACGAGCAGCAUGGCUUUGUGUUCAGCCACACCUUCUUCAUUAAGGACAGCCUGGCAAGGGGCUUUCAGCGCUGGUACAGCAUCAUCGCCAUAAUGAUGGACCGGAUCUAUCUCAUCAACUCCUGGCCCUUCCUGCUGGGGAAGGUCCGGGGCAUCAUUGAUGAGCUCCAGAGCAAGGCGCUCAAGGUGUUCGAGGCAGAGCAGUUUGGAUGCCCCCAGCGUGCCCAGAGGAUGAACACAGCCUUCACUCCGUUCCUGCACCAGAGGAAUGGCAACGCUGCCCGCUCACUGACAUCGCUGACUAGCGAUGACAACUUGUGGGCAUGUCUUCACACCUCUUUCGCUUGGCUCCUGAAAGCAUGUGGCAGCCGGCUGACUGAGAAGCUUCUGGAGGGUGCACCGACAGAAGACACCUUGGUCCAAAUGGAGAAACUUGCUGACUUAGAAGAGGAAUCAGAAAGCUGGGAUAACUCUGAGGCUGAAGAAGAGGAUAAAGUCACUAUGUUGCCAGAUGGUGUGGAAGGGCGGGAGCUGACCCCAUGCACAGUAGGCUCCUCCUCACUCUCUAGCCGGGGCAGCUGGCAACCCCGGAAGACGGUCUUCAAGUCCCUGCGGCACAUGAGGCAGGUUCUCGGUGCCCCAUCCUUCCGCAUGUUGGCCUGGCACGUUCUCAUGGGGAAUCAGGUGAUCUGGAAAAGCAGAGACACGGACCUUGUCCACUCAGCUUUUGAAGUUCUUCGGACCAUGCUGCCGGUGGGCUGUGUGCGCAUCAUCCAGGACAGCAUCCAGUAUGAAGAAGCAUAUCGCUGCAACUUCCUGGGGCUCAGCCCAAAUGUGCAGAUCCCCCCCCACGUGCUGUCCUCAGAGUUUGCUGUCAUCGUGGAGGUCCAUGUGGCCACCCGCUCCACUCUGCAUCCGGUCGGCUGUGAGGACGAGCAGCCUCUGAGCAAGUAUGAGUUUGUGGUGACCAGUGGGAGCCCUGUUGCUGCAGACCGAGUUGGCCCCACCAUCCUGAAUAAGAUUGAAGCAGCUUUGACCAACCAGAAUCUAUCAGUGGACGUGGUCGACCAGUGCCUGGUCUGCCUCAAGGAGGAAUGGAUGAACAAGGUGAAGGUCCUUUUCAAAUUCACCAAGGUGGAUAGUCGGCCCAAAGAGGACACUCAGAAGCUCCUGAGCAUCCUUGGCGCAUCUGAGGAGGACAACGUCAAGCUGUUGAAGUUCUGGAUGACAGGCCUGAGCAAGACGUAUAAGUCGCACCUCAUGUCUACUGUCCGCAGUCCCACAGCCUCAGAGUCACGGAACUGAGCCACCUGCCUCACACACCUUCUGGAGACAGUGGCAGCAGUCCACAGACUAUCCCUCAGCUCCAUGACAAGAGGUGCUGUCCUUUGAAUUUCUGAGCUGCUGAGAUGGAGCAGUGUCCUUCUAGGAACAGGAACCAUUGGGGUUGAGCUUGGUCCUAGCCCCCUGGGAUGUGGAACUAGUGCAGUCUCAGACCCUCUCACAAGCUGUGGGAAUCACCCCUGCCUCUAAGAAGGCCGUGGGAGGCACAGGGACAACAGGAUCGUCUUGGGUUUGUGCCCUUUAAGAGGAGUGUGUAGCACUGUGGGCCUCUCACAGAUUGAGAUCUCAAAACCUGUAAAAGAAACAAGUCAGGCUGUAUGCGGGCUGGGUAUGUUAGCUGCAAUGACAUAUUUCUCCAGGGUAACAUUCAAACUAUUCCCAAACUCAGCAAGAAUCUUCUGGGGGGGGGGGACAUUUGCAUAAAUGUCUUGCUAGAGUUGGGAAUAUUCAGGACACAGCUCAAUCCUUAGCUGUGUCUAGUAAUCUUUGAGGGGGAAGUGGAUCUUUUCCUCAUCUUCAGGUCCUCUGAAAUUUGUGUUCUAAAGUCAUGGGACUUGUCCUCUGAGGCAUUUCCUGCCAUUGCUUAUACAAUUAACCUGUAACUGGUUGGUCGAAUCCCUGAUCUUUUUCAUUCAACAGUGAUACUCUGCUUAAGGGUCGGAUCAAGUUAUCUGACUUGGCCAAUUCACUGUAUGUGGUGAGACCUGUAGUUUUUAGUCUCUAUCACUUUUGUGCUUAUUUGCUUUUAUUGCUGCUUUCAACAUAGACAUUUGGCUACAGCCAACAGUUUUCAAAGUGUUAUGAUUUAAGACAAUUUCAUCAUCUCACCAUACAUAUGCCAUAUUAUCCAGGUUGGUUUGAACUCUCAAACUUCAGUGCUCUAGUGAUCCUCCCCUUCAGUCCUUCCAGUAUCUGGGACUACAUGUGUGCACCACAUGUCUCCACCAUACAGUUUCAGUAAGGAUUCAUGGCUUGGAGGGAUUUUCUGGCAGUUUUGCUGAAUUGUUUAUAAUUUUUGUGUGUGUUUAUAAUUUUUGUGUUUAAUUUAUGUUUAACAUGAAGACUAAGUUUACAUAACUAGGUAUAUGUCUAAUGCAAGAACAUUAGAACACAAUAAAGACAUAUUUUUGUAAGCAUUGACUACAUGGUUUUAUUGGUUUAGUAGCUACUUGUACUCAGUCACAGGAAACACUUUGGUUAAAAUAACACCAUUGAGUGGCCAGUUCUCUGUGCUGUGAAAGUUCAUACUGCAGUAAUGAUCUUGGGUAAUCUCCUGAAAGUCAGCCUGUGGAGUUUCUAGUUGACCCUCAUUUAUUUCAAAGACAUCUGCUUUGAGUAUCUGAACCUU